AAGUGUGCGGAGAAAACACAAGUGUGGAGAGUUUGUCAACGCGCCGUGGAGCAACCUGCCUGAUUGACUCUCCACGGUUCUCAUGAUGCGUUUAAAUACAGCCUCUUGCUAAGGAAAUGCAACCAUCGAUUGUUCGUUUGGAAUCAUAAUGGCAGAAGUAGCACCAGCUCCGGCUCCAUCCACCCCGGCUAAAGCCGCCAAGAAGAAGGCUUCAAAGAGCGCAAAGAAGAGGGCCGGACCCAGCCUCGGCGAGCUCAUCGUCAAGGCUGUGGCCGCGUCCAAGGAGCGCAAUGGUGUCUCUUUGGCCGCCCUCAAGAAGUCUUUGGUGGCCUCUGGUUACGACGUGGACAAGAACAAGUCCCGCGUCAGAACCGCAGUUGUGGGCUUGGUCACCAAGGGCACUCUCGUCCAGACCAAGGGCACCGGCGCUUCUGGCUCCUUCAAGAUGAACAAGAAGGCCGAGGGGAAAGCGAAAGCGCCCGCCAGGGCUGCAGCCAAGAAGACUCCCAGCAAGGCCAAGAAGCCCGUCGUCAAAAAGGUGGCAGCGAGCAAGAAGCCCAAAACAGCCGCGGCUAAGAAGACGAGCGCCAAGAAAGCCAGUAAGAAACCCGUCAAAGCCGCGAUGCCCAAGAAGGCAGCCAAGAAGACAGCCAAGAGCCCCAAGAAGGCGGCGGCACCCAAAAAAGCGCCCGCGGCUAAGAAGGCUUCUGCUGCCAAGAAGGGUCCGGCAAAGAGAGUGGCCAAGCCCAAAAGUGUCAAAAAGGCAGCACCGAAGAAGAAGUGAUUCAUUGCUUCUCUCCACAAAAGGCUCUUUUAAGAGCCACCACAUUCUUCAAGAAGAGCAGUUUUCGUCAUAUAUCGCUCGCAACAUGAAGUCAUGUUUACAAUGACAAAUUUAUAACAGCAAAUUUAAAAAUAAAGAUCUAUUGUUCUGACAUUAAUCCUGAAAUGUGUAGGCGGCAGUCUGCACUGCAUGAGACAUUUAUGGUCCAUUAUGGUGGCACCUUCACACAAAAUAUCAGGCCAUUGCCUCGCCACCUGAGCUCACUCUUAAGGGG